UGUCCGGCGCUGUUGUGUCCGGGGUCCUCGGUGGGCAUCUCUGGUCCUCGGGGCAUGGCCGGGGACAGCGAGCAGAGGCUGGGCAGCCCCCAGGAGCCGCCCGGAGGGGAGCAGCCCUUCCUCAUCGGCGUCAGCGGGGGCACCGCCAGCGGAAAGUCUUCCGUCUGCUCCAAGAUCGUGCAGUUGUUGGGUCAGAAGGAAGUGGACUGCCACCAUCAGCAGGUGGUCAUCCUCAGCCAGGAUAGCUUCUACCGGGUCCUCAGCCUGGAACAGAAGGCCAAAGCCUUGAAGGGCCAGUUUAACUUUGAUCACCCAGAUGCCUUCGACAACGAGCUGAUCUUCAAAACCCUCAAGGAGAUCACGGAAGGGAAGACUGUCCAGAUUCCAGUGUACGACUUUGUGUCUCACUCCCGGAAGGAGGAGACGGUGACGGUUUACCCGGCGGACGUGGUACUGUUUGAGGGUAUCCUGGCCUUCUACACCCAGGAGAUCCGCGACCUGUUCCAGAUGAAGCUCUUCGUGGACACGGACGCCGACACCCGGCUCUCCCGCCGAGUGUUGAGGGACAUCAGCGAGAGAGGACGAGACCUCGAGCAAAUCCUCUCCCAGUACAUCACGUUCGUCAAGCCGGCCUUCGAGGAGUUCUGCCUGCCGACGAAGAAAUAUGCCGACGUGAUUAUCCCCAGAGGGGUAGACAACUUAGUGGCCAUCAACCUCAUCGUGCAGCACAUCCAGGACUUCCUGAACGGGGGUCUCGCCAAACGCCAGAACCACUGUCUUAACGGCUACACGCCCUCCCACAAGAGGCAGCCGUCCGAGUCCAGUAGCCGGCCACACUGACCCCCCCCGACUCCCUCUCCCCUUCCCCCUCCCCCCCGCCCCGGACCCCCGGUUUGCUCCCCAGGUACCCAUACCGAUUCCCACCACCUGAUUGUAUCCCAAGAAAAGCGUUCGAGGAGGUGAAACGCCUCGAGUCUUCAGUCCUUUGGAAGGGGCAGGGAGGAAAGGCGGAGGCAUCUUUGAGCAUGAAUUAACCAACCUGGGGCUGCCCAUG